UUUUACACAUACAUGCCGAGUUUCUCGUGGUAUAUACAUUUGCAAUACCAAUAUCUCUUCUACUAUAAUGUCGACUGAAAAUCCGCCAUCAUUUUUUAUUUCGCUUCCAGUCGAAUCUCUCAGCUCUGCUACCGAUUUUUAUAAAUCUCUCUCAUUUACUCCUCUUCCUGAGUUCUCUGACUCUAACACUGCUGCCUUCCGCUUCCCUUACAAAUCUAACUCUAAUAUCUGCCUUAUGCUACACUCAACAUCUCGGUUUGGAGAAUUUAUUCGCCAUGGUUCAGAGAUUAUACAUGCGAAGAAGGUUACGGGCGCGAUAUACACUCUAGGCGUGGCCGGCAGAGACGUUGUAGAUGGGCUGUUAGAGAAAGCUGAGAAGGCGGGUGGCAAAAAAGAUCCAUUCAAAAUGGAAGAAUAUGGGAAAUCUGUGGGGAUAUAUACAAGGAGCUUUGAGGAUCUUGAUGGACAUAUCUGGGAAGCGACAACAAUGUUAGAGACGAAGAAGAAGAAGAAGAAGGAAAAGGACGAAGCGAAAUCAGAAAAAUCGAUGGCUUCUUCAACUUAGUUGGUUGGAUGGUAGUUUGUUGUAUUUGACUUGGAGAAAUGGUGUUAGGUGUCUGGUGGUUGAUUUUCUAUCAUUUCCGCUAAUUUAUUGUUGGAUUACAUGGGCUGCUUAUUUGCGAAAUACUCUCUUGUAUUGCUCUUGUGCCCUUCGCUAUCAAUUUUCUGCCCUGGCUCAGGCCAGAAUUACACAUACUCAUACAUACUCAAUAGCUAUAACUAUUAUCAAUUGUGGAUCGCAUCAUG